AUGAGGCUGAUAUUACUUUUUAUACUACUUCCUUAUAUCUUCGGAAAGGAAUUUUUGGAUUAUAUUGAUCCUGAGGUCAUCCGUCAGAACCUUAGGUACUUCACAACCGAACCUCAUGUUGCUGGGACUCCAGCCAAUUUGAGAUUGGCCGAUAAAAUUGCCGAGAAAUGGAAGGAAUAUGGGCUUGAAGGUAGGAUGAUGCAAACAUUGUGAUAAUAAUAUUUGUUUAGACGUCGGAUUCAAACCAUAUGAAGUAUUGCUGAGCUACCCCAAUUUUUCUAACCCCAAUAUCGUAACAAUAACUAACCCUCAGGGCAAAAAGGUGUUCCAAAGUACUGGCAGAAGUCCCGUUGUAAUCCCGAAUGAACAAGGAGCUCCUGGGGCUGAUAUCCAAUGGCUGGCUUAUGCUGGUAAUGGCAAAGCAAAGGGCGCACCAGUCUAUGUGAAUUAUGGAACAGCCGAAGAUUUCGAGAAACUUAGAGGAUUGGGGGUCGAUCUGAAGGGGAAGAUCGCUAUUGUGAGAUAUGGGAAGAUCUUCAGAGCCAACAAAAUCAAGUUUGCUCAGCUAGCUGGAGCUGUGGGAGUCAUCCUGUAUUCGGAUCCGCAUGAAGCAGCAGAAGCAGGAAUUGCACCAGGUAAAUUUGAUUAUGAUUGAGGUUACGGUAGCUUAGAGAAUGUUUAUCCAAACAAAGAUUACAUGCCGGCUCAUGGGGUUCAACGGGGGACGUUGAAGCUGGGCGAUGGAGAUCCGCUGACUCCACUUUAUCCAUCCAGAAAGGACUUGUAUUCAAAAACAACGAUUGAACAGGCAAGUUCAUGUGGCUGUAGGUCUGAUUACUGGUCUUUUAUUUUGUAAAAUGAGUUUUUUGCAGAUCAAAAACAACUAUCAGCUGCCAUCAAUCCCAGUGCUUCCGCUCAGUUAUUCUGAUGCUUUGGAGAUUUUCAAACGGUUGAAAGGGCGUGUCGCUCCAAAAGAAUGGCAAGGAGGAUUAAAUGUCAAUUAUAAGAUUGGCCCUGGCUUCACCAACGAUGAACAAUUGGAGAUUGACGUUCAUUCUACGUUGGAAAAGAAGUAAUUUCACUUUUUAACAGACUUUGACAUGAUUUACCUAUUUUUUUAACUGAUUUUUGUAUUGCUUUAGAGAGAUCCGCAAUGUGAUUGGUUAUAUUAAGGGCGAGGUCGAGCCGGAUCGUUAUGUAAUGUUGGGAAAUCACUUUGAUGCCUGGGUGUACGGCUCUAUUGAUCCUAAUAGUGGUACCGCCAUCCUGAGUGGUAUCGCCAAAGCAUUGGUUCAAGCUAAGAAUGAUGGGGUAUUCAAGCCAAAAAGGACGAUUGUGUUCUGUAAUUGGGAUGCCGAGGAAUAUGGACUUGUUGGAUCUAAUGAAUUUGUUGAAGAAUUUGCUAAUAUUUUGAGAGAUCGAGCUGUCGUCAUGUUGAACGUUGAUCUAAUCUCGGGAAAUGGAACUUUGUGAGUUAAAACACGUUUUUUAUAAGCUUGGAGAGCCCUGGCUACACGAAAAAUCAAACUGCUUCAUUUUUCUUUAAACUUGGAAAACUGUAGCUACGUACCAUUCUAAGAAACUUUCCCGUUAACUUUUUUUCGAAAUCUUACUGUACUUUGGGUUACGGUAACAUGACUCAUUUUGUCAUAACUCGGGAACCAGAUGUCGUAGCGAGACGGGGUCUUUACCAGUGUGUUCAGCGUGCCGAAAGAUGGCUUUUUGUUAGCUACACCAAGUUUCUAGGACCCCGGGAAGUGGCAAAAAAAUUUGAAUAUUUAUGCAAAAAUUCAAAAAUAUGCAAAUUUCUCGAAAAUUUAACCAAAAUUAUGCUCAUUUUUAUUUCAUAUUUUGAAAAUAGAGGUCAUAGCGGUUUCAACGGUGUAAAAAACUUGAACGUGCGAACCGAGCUGUCUGAGAACGGGCUGUUUGAAGUUGGGGCACCCAGUCAUGAAUGAGCAAAAAAUCGGGGUAAACUGUAUAAAAUCAUUGUUAAACGGCAAGAAUGGAAAGUAAAUUUUGUUAUUACAUUGUAUCGGUCACAAUAGAAGAUUUUCCACAUAAUUUUCAUAAAUUUGCAUAUUUUGGAAUUUCUUGCAUUUACGGGUGCAUCAGCCGCCAGAUAGGCGUGGACAUGGCAAAAAUCGAUUUUGAGUUUUUUACAUUAAAAUGACUGUUGGAAGGUACUAAGCAAAAGCGAACAAUAUUUUUUCCCAAAUCCUUCAUUAAGGUAUAUUUUUACAACAUUUUGACAAUAAAUGCAAGUAAUUCCAAAAUAUGCAAAUUUAUGAAAAUUAUGUGGGAAAUCCUCUAUUGUGACCGAUACGAUGUAAUAACAAAAUUUACUUUCCAUUCUUGCCAUUUAACAACGAUUUUAUGCGGUUUACUUCAAUUUUUUGCUCAUUCGUGGGUGGGUGCCCCAACUUCAAACAGCCCGUUCUCAGACAGCUCGGUUCGCGCGUUCAAGUUUUUUACACCGUUGAAACCGCUAUGACCUCUACUUUCAAAAUAUGAAAUAAAAAUGAGCAUAAUUUUGGUUAAAUUUUCGAGAAAUUUGCAUAUUUUUGAAUUUUUGCAUAAAUAUUCAAAUUUUUUUGCCACUUCCCGGGGUCCUAGAAACUUGGUGUAGCUAACAAAAAGCCAUCUUUCGGCACGCUGAACACACUGGUAAAGACCACGUCUCGCUACGACAUCUGGUUCCCGAGUUAUGACAAAAUGAGUCAUGUUACCGUAACCCAAAGUACAGUAAGAUUUCGAAAAAAAGUUAACGGGAAAGUUUCUUAGAAUGGUACGUAGCUACAGUUUUCCAAGUUUAAAGAAAAUUGGAGCAGUUUUAUUUUUCGUGUAGCCAGGGUUGUUGACCUGCGCUCGACUUUUAGAAAAAUCGUGUUUUAAAUUGUAUUAUGCAUGACGAUGUUAUGUUUUCAGAAGUGUGGAUGCAGUCCCAUCCAUCUACGAGGUUGUUGUUGAAGCUGCCAAGAAGGUCCCCAAUCCAGUGAAAUCAGAGUUGGCGGAAGGAAGAAAGACAGUCUAUGAUACUUGGUAUGCCAAGUGUAAUAUGGUAUGAUUUGGUCUUUUAGGAUCCACAAAGAGCCAGGAAACUUUGACGAAUAUCCGGAUUUCCCCAAGAUCAAUGUUCCAAGUGGUGGAAGUGAUCAUGAAACGUUCAUUGCCUUCUUGGGCAUUGCCGCAGCUGAUAUCAAGUACAGAAGAUUGAAAGAGGACGGGUCUGUGGAUAGCACGUAUGCCUUGUAUCAUUCGCUAUAUGAGACUCCAUUCACAAACGAGCAUUUGUUCGAUAUCGAUAAUUUUUCGGCGAGUUUUGAUCGAGUUGUGACCAAUGUUACGUGAUCCAUGACAUGGCUGAUGAUAUUGUUUUAGGUGCAUGCCGCCACUGGAAAAUACUGGAUGCAGCUGGCUAGAGAGUUCGCUGAGCCCGCGGUUGUCCCAAUUAACGCAUCUCUGUUUGCUCACCGCUUCUUGGACACUUAUGUUAGAGAUCUGAAAGGAGAUAUUGAUUCGUUGUCAAAGCGUAUCCCUCAGAUCGCCCCUGUAAUCUCUCAGAAUUCAAAAUUAAUCAGAAACUCUCAAGAAUUCGUGAGACUGGCUGAUUCUUUUCAAACUAAAGUCAGAGAGGAGAAAAAGAAGAAUGGUUUUACAUUAACAACAAGGGCUCUGAAUGAUCGACUUCUGGCCAUUGAACGGUGCUUCAUUGGACCGAAAGGAAUCCCUGGAUCCCCAGAAAAGAGAAAUGUUUUGUUCUCAACUAGCUCUUUGAACAGUUAUGAAGGGAAAACGAUGCCUGGAAUCUAUGAUCAGGUACGUUUUUAUUUUAACGAUGACUUUGUGCACGUUUGAUCGUAGAAAAAAUUCUCUUUUGUAGUUGGACGCUCUCGUUGCCGCCAAGACCGUGCCUCAGCGACUAAAGGUGAUCGAAGAAUUGCUCGAGCAAAUUUCCCAUGUUCAACAUGCAAUUCAAUGUGCAACUUCCACCUUAUCAGACCACAUUUAA